GAAGACGGCAUGGCUGCUGAGACGGAAAGAAAAACAACUCUGGAGAUGGUCCAGGCCCAAGGCAACGAAGAGUCCUGUGUUACAUUUGUUCUACAUGAAGAAGAUCACACUCUAGGAAACUCCCUUCGCUAUAUGGUUAUGAAAAAUCCUGAGGUUGAGUUCUGUGGUUACAGCAUCACUCAUCCAUCAGAAACCAAGAUUAAUUUCCGUAUCCAGACACGAAAUGGGAUUCCAGCAGUGGAGCCAUUUCGGAGAGGUCUUAAUGAGCUCGUGGAUGUCUGCCAGCAUGUACUUAAUACAUUUGAGACCAGUAUAAAAGAAUACAAAGAACAAAAGGAAGCUGCAAUGGAGUGACCGAUAACUGGACAUGUGUAUAUAACUGUUUUGAAAUAUGAUGUAUUGUCUUGUAACAUAUCUAGCACAUUAAAUAUAUUCUGUUUCUUUUAAA